AUGGCAGCCAAACUAGCCAAAGACCUCACCCUCAAGGGCUCAUCCACUGCCAUGCCAAAGCUGGUCUAUGGCACAGCGUGGAAAAAGGACAGAUCAGCAGAUCUUGUUUAUUUAGCUCUCAAGCACGGCUUUCGCGGAGUCGAUACAGCAGGACAACCCAAGCAUUAUAAUGAGAAGGGCGUUGGGGAGGGUGUGCAAAGAGCUAUCAAGGAGGGCCUUGUUAAACGUGAAGGACUCUUUCUUCAAACAAAGUUCUCUCCUCCAGGGAACCAAGAUGAAAAUGCACCCUAUGAUUUUGAUGCACCCCUUGUGGAUAAGAUUCAUCAAUCUAUUCAGUCAUCCUUGGCUUACUUCACCCUUGAAGGCGAGGAACCUUACUUUGACAGCGUGCUUUUGCAUAGCCCCCUGCGAACUCUCGAGGAAACCAUCACUGCGUGGAAGACUCUAGAGACAUAUGUGCCUCACAAGAUCCGCAACAUAGGCAUCUCUAACACGACACUUCCAAUCCUUAAGGCAAUCAACGAGGCUGUCACUGUUAAACCAAGUGUUGUACAGAACCGCUUCUACGCCGACACCAACUUUGAGGUAGAUCUCAGAUCCUACUGUCGAGAGCAAGGUAUUGCUUUCCAGUCAUUCUGGACUUUCAGCGCCAACCCCAGGCUCGCUGCUACCAAGCCAGUUAAGAUGGUCGCAGAGAAGGCUGCAAUUUCCGAGGUAGCUGCGUACUAUUCCUUGGUCUUGGGGCUCGAAGGCGUAACGGUUCUGGAUGGAACAACGGCUGAAAAUCACAUGAAGGAUGAUCUUGAAGGCAUAAAUAAGGUUGCCACUUGGGCGGAGACAGACGGAAUAGCUGAAUGGAAUUCUGCUUUGAAGCAGUUCAAGCAGAGUAUCGGGGAAGCCUGA